AUGAGGAGAAGUGAAGUACUCGCAGCUGAGUCUGUGUCAUGCCUCAACAAAGCUCUUUGCCACCUAAAGGACAUUUGGGAGGAGAUCGGAAUACCAGAGGAUCAGAGACUACAAAGAACUAAUGUUGUGAAGAACCACAUAAAGGGCUUACUAGAUAUGAUGAUCAAAGAAGAGGAAUCCCUGAGGAAUAGAGUUAUGAGCAGUAUUCAGGACAGCAAAAAUAAGCUGGAGAAGCUCUGUCUUGACCUUCAGAUUCCUAUUCAUCAGGACGAGGUAGGUCUUACCAUGCUCCAGCAAGAGAAUAGCCUCCGCACACAAGUUGAGGGUCUCUUAACUGAGAAGACAAGUCGCAUGCAGCAGCUGAAGGCUCUGCGGGAGCAGGACCAGGAGCUGUGUGACAUCCUAUGCUCCAUUCCAUUCUGCAUCUCCCCAGAUUCUGUUCCCUCAAAAGACCAACUGAAUAGCUUUGAGCAACAUAUAGCUAACCAGAAUGCUGAGAAGGCAAACCGCUAUGCUGAAUUCAUGGGCCUGAAAAAGCAGAUCAUCUUGUGCAUGAACGACCUGGAUCACUUUCCAGAGACCAGCUUUGAGAAGGACGUUGUCUGUGAGCAAGAAGACCUUUUCUGCCUCUCUUCAGAGAAUAUUACUUCACUCAAACUGCUUCUUUGUAAGCUAGAGCAAGACAAGGCAGAGAACGAGGCAGCGUGUGAGGCCCUUCGAGAGAAGAUCCAGCAGCUGUGGGACAGACUGCAGGUUCCGCAGGAAGAAAGAGAGGUCUUCAAUGAACACAUGGUCAUGUCGAAGAAGAGUAACCUUAAGGCGUUGCAAGCAGGGAUCGAUCAUCUGGAGGAACUAAAACUGAAGAAUAUGUGCCAUGUCACAGAUGCCAUCCGCUCUGAGAUUGCUGUGUUUUGGGAAAAGUGCUUCUUCAGCACUGAGCAGCGGCAGGCGUUUUCCCCAUAUUUUAGUCAGGAUUUCACAGAGGAGCUACUAAGUUUGCAUGAUGCAGAGAUUCAGCGUUUGAAGCAGCAUUAUGAGAAUCACAAAGAGCUUUUUGAUGGGGUUCAACAGUGGGAACAAAACUGGAGACUCUUCCUUGAGUUAGACAAAAAAGCAACAGAUCCAUCAAGGUUUGCAAAUAGAGGAGGAAAUCUUCUCAAAGAGGAGAAGCAACGGGCUGAACUGCACAAAAACCUGCCAAAGCUGGAAAAGAAACUAAAAGGUCAGAUUGAUGCAUGGGAAAGUGAGCAAGGAAGUGAGUUUAUGGUUAAUGGCCAGAAGUUUCUUCAGUAUGUGGCAGAACAGUGGCAAGCGUAUCAAUCCGAGAAAGACCGAGAAAAACUACAAAGGCAUCUGAAGAAGAGCAAGCAGACUGAAGAGGACAUGCUAUACGGAACAGCACAAACUCCCAAGCGCAGAUUGCUGGGAAGCAAUACCCCAAAUAAAUCAAAAUGGAUGAAUGCCUCCUCAAGUGUUUCUAUGGCCACAUCUAACAGCACAAUCCGGUCUGCCUACAGUGGGAUUAUCUGUCGUUCUCCGGUGCCACGCUCACCAAUGCGACGGCCACCUCUUUCUGCAAAGAAGGGUUCAGCACAAAAGAUUGGUGGAGGUAAGCCGCCUCAUCCAAAAGUGAACACCUGUAACAAAGAGAAUGAGACCCGGUUGAAAGGAACCCCUCUGAGUGGUGCGUUGCUGACACCCGCUAGUCCGCAGUGUAACAUCAGCCUUAACUCUGUCGCCAGCACAUAUUCAGAGUUUGUGCGAGAUUUGUCCAUGGGCUCCAAACCCAAGAUCCACCCGCACAUCCUGAACUCCACCAUCACUAAACAUUGA